ACUCAUAUUAAAUAAAAACCCAAAUGUUCCCAACUUUUAAAAAGAAAGCGUGAAUCACCAAUGAGAAGACAUGAAAUCCCAUGAGAUUGGCACUAUUCCCUUUAUGAUUAGCGUUAUAACUAAUCGGCCGCCGCUAAGAAGCUAUACCACAUAGAUCCGGGGCCAGCAAGGGCUUUGACUACGUAAGGCCAAACCCAUCCAUAAUAAUUUAAUUAACCUUAAGCUACUCGAGUAUUCAAUCAUUUGCGACGCAAGGAAACAUACUCAACCAUCCAUACAUAUCUUACAGUCUCCCCUUUCUCUCGUUGAUCCUGAGAAAUUAUCAAUUGUUGCCAUGAAGUAUGGAGCCUUCUCCUCUUACUCAACAAGCUCGCCCUGAAGUAUUCCAACAGAAGAUUGUAGAAUUGUACGAGGCUCUAUUCAAGGUCGGUUCGGGUGGAUGAUGCGCAUAGCACAUAGUGUCGCAUUGUAUUUGUACUGAUGAAUGAAUAGGAUGAAGAUGAACCCGAGAAGUCGGAAGGAUUUUGGAAGGAAUUCUUUUUGUUACGACCGAAUAAAGCUACAUUGCAAACUAUUCUAAAUGAAUUGAGCGCGGAUGACUUACUACAUCUUCAGGUACGAGUGAAAUCCGGUUGUCAAACAAGGGAGCCAGUACUGAUUGUGGUAGAUACAAACCAGACAAUUGUUUUUGAGGGCAGUUGGAUGUAUAAAAGCAGGGAAUCAUCCAGCAGAUGCGCAUGCGCUUGAUGUAUGAUGACACCCCUUAGUUUGUUUGACGAGGCUGACGGUUUUAGACUACCACAGCCUUUCUCGCAGCCGUUCUCUCAAAGAAAUAUACAAACCCAAGUUCGGACAUAAUCAGUAUUCUUGCAGGAUUGGAUCAUGUGGAUGCGGUAUUUACGGACUUUGUUGCAGCUUUGGAUGUCACAAUUCGAACUGGGAGGACUUGUAGGGUACACCACCUAGGAGGGAGGAUACAUACUGACAUUAUGUAGUGGAUAUACGCCGGAAGGCCGUUGAAGCAGCAUUGUCGGUAACAUCUGGCGCGUAUCAAACCAGUUUACUUUCUUAUUUUACACACCGGGAUCUUUUCCCUUCUCUUAUGAAAGUAUGGCCUCCUCCUCCGAUUUUUGGAACGAAGCUGACGUUCCUAGUUUAUUCAAGAAUCAGAUACCACUUCACUAGCAUUUGAACCAUUUACUCUCCUCGGACUUCUAGUUAAUUAUAACAAAUUCGAAUUUCAGAACCCUUACAGGUUACGUCUCGACGAUUUUGUCAAUGAAGGAACUAUACAAAAGAUAAUACGUUCGGUGGGCCAUACGUGUACGACAUCGAGAGCUAGAUAUAUUGCCAUCCAGGAUGAUAGACCAGAAGGAUGGUCAAUUGGGAGCACUUUGAGUAUGAUAGGCCUAGGCAAAAUUGCCCCUGGCUCGAAACCGACUACCCCAACCCUUGAUCCAGAUGCCGCAAAGGAGAUGUUUUCAAAACUGUAGGUUAAAUGGGAAACAUUUUUCGAAUUAUGCUUACCAUUCUAUAGGCCUGGAAGUGAAGCAGCUGUUCUAUUGGCUACAUACGAUUUUGCGCAUGCAAAUAAACUAUUCUGCUUCAACUUGGUAUCGAUACCCGUAGAAAAAGGAGUCGAACAUCCUCUCAGUGCUUAUCUAUCAUUCACCUCAUACAUACUGCAACACGCCCAUCUAUCCUCGCGAACGGGUUUCUAUGCGCAUACUAACCUCGUCGUCCUCCGAAUUCUAAUUGAAGAUCAAGUACUAUGCAAAAAGAUAUGCAGUGAGGAGAGCAAGAUGGCAGUCCGAUUAUGUCGGCAAAGACAACCAUUUUUGCCUUUAGUUCGUGCAGACAGGAUAUUUGCUGCUCAUGUACUGGAUGUUGCGAUUGAUGGUAUAAAUCAUAAUCUUAGAAAGAGAUUAGAUGUAGAUCUCUACAUUCUAUGCGUUGGCAUCAUAUUACGAAUCAUCUCCCAUCUCUCACGAUCUCGUACACGCCUUACAUACCACUGGUCUGAAUUGUUCCGAUCCCUACUAGCACUCGUACGAUUCCUUACCACUUACACUACGGACCUAAAGAAUCUUUUAAACAUCGAAACACUACUCGAUGACGUGGUGAAUCUAAUUGCGUUAUCCCUAUCCGCCGGCGAAGCAUUCCUGCCUAGUCCUGUGGCAUACGACGACUUGUUUUACAAAUUGGUGGAAACUGGUGAAGUACUGGUGAAGUUCCGGGACAAUUACAAUCUUGGAAAACGACCGAAGAGUUCAAUAGAUACAUUGAUUAGUGUCAGCACACACUACAACCAAUUGCUCACAGAUGGGUCGACGGGAAAGAAAAAACACCUUACGAGUGUACAAGUUGCAGGGGUAAUAAAACAAGGGUACGAAACGUUGAGCAUUCAAGCUAAAGAAGGACUUGAUGGAUGGGAGAGAUAUCGAGAAGCAGAUGAGAAGACAUUCUUGAAGAAGAUGGCCAGGACAGCCGUGGCAGAUGUCAAGGCUCUUGUGAGCGAGAACUAAAUUUUGUGCGAGGAGAGAUGACACGGAUUGUAUAUGUAAAAAAAGAAUCAUCUUGUAAACUCACCAUUGCCAUGUACAUCUAUUCUCAACCUUACACAAGUGAUAGCUCUGAUUAAAGUUUUUGACCACCCAAAUUCCGUACGUGCUCUAUGGAUGCACAUGCACAUGCACAUGCACAUGCACAGACAUAGCUGGCAAGUAAUUCUCCAUGAGUCCAUGAUCCUUUAGACGCCCAGUGCCGUGGUGGAUAUUAUGGAGAAGGUCAUCAGGCAGGCCACAGCCCGUGGCGCGGCGCU